AUCUAAAACCAAAACUUUGCUCUCCUUCUACUUCUCCAAGAAUUUAUUUACGAACAUUCUACACCCGACCAAACCCAAUCUAGCCUCUCCGGUUCUCGGCCAAAUGUCGAUCCUUGACCUCCCUGACCUUCCUCUCGACUGCAUUCUCGACAAUCUUUCACCCUCUGGACUAUGUAGCAUGGCUAGGGUCUGUAGCUCGUUAAGAGAGAGAUGUGUAAGUGAUCAUUUAUGGGAGAAACACUUGAAGACCAAAUGGGGAAAAAUCCUUGGACCUUCUGCUCACAAAGAGUGGCAAUGCUAUCUCUCUUCUCCAUAUCAUCUUGAUUCCCCUCAUCACCAAACUAGUCAUCAUGGAUUAACCAAAAUCAUAUCUCUUAUUCGAUCUCUUUCAUCGAUUUUAGGAGAUGAUAAUCAUAGAAGGAGAUAUCCAUCUUCUAUUCCUCUUGAUUCUACCAUGAGCUUCUACCUCUCCCUUGAAACAGGUCGCUUUUGGUUUCCAGCUCAAGUUUACAACCGUGAGAAUGGACAUAUAGGGUUCAUGUUGUCAUGCUAUGAUGCUGAGCUCAGCUAUGACACUCACACUAAUACUUUUCAAGCUAGGUAUCCACCACAUGGUAGAAGAGCAAUUGCCAUUGAAAAGGAUGUGACAUGGGAGAGGAUAAGAGCAGCUCCUGUUGAUGCAUCACCUCAUCAUCUCUAUGUGUCAGAUUCUCUAAACGAAUUAAAACCUGGAGAUCACAUAGAGAUCCAGUGGAGAAGGAACAAAGAGUUUCCUUAUGGAUGGUGGUAUAGUGUUGUUGGCCACUUGGAAUCUUGUGAUGGCAAUCUUAACCAUUGUCAAUGCCAUAUUAGCGAGAUGAUGGUGUUGGAAUUUAACCAGUACACAGUCGGAUCAAGGUGGAGAAAAACGAUGAUUAACAGGAGAGAUCAUAGAGAGAAAGGUAACGAGGAAGACGGGUUCUAUGGAGGAAUUCGAAAGCUAAAUUCCCCGUUCCGGCGGCGAAGGAGUUUCUCGUUUAGUGCUCUUCCAACGACGAAAGCUAUUGAGGCGGCGUUGAUGAAGGAGAAAUGGUUGGAUUCUCUCUCUCUCACCUCACUAGACGAAGAUACGACUUCGGAGAAUGCUGAGUCAAGCUGCAUCAUUGGGGUUGACCCUGAUUUGUCUGGUGCGUUGGCUGUUUUGAAAUUUGACCACUUGGGUUCUUCUUCUUCUGCUCAGGUUUAUGAUACACCUCACAUCCCAGUUUUAGUUGGGAAAAGAGUAAGAAAACGUUUGGAUGCAAAGUCAAUUGUUCAAUUGAUUCAGAGUUUAGAUGUUCCUUCUGGAAGCAGAGUAUAUAUAGAACAAUCGAAUCCGUUUCCAAAAGAUGGAAAACAGGGUUGGUAUAGUGGAGGAUUUGGAUAUGGAUUAUGGAUAGGAACACUUGUUGCUUCAGGCUUUUGUGUUAUUCCAGUCUCUGCAUCUUUAUGGAAGAGGCAUUUUCAACUUGCUAGUGGGAGUUGCACGAAGGACGAUAGUAGACGAGUUGCAGCGGAGUUGUUUCCAUCGCUUAGUUCGCAACUUAAGAGGAAAAAGGAUCAUGGUCGAGCUGAAGCACUGCUCAUUGCGGCGUAUGGUGAAGCCAUUAAAACAGAGAAGUUGUUGAUCCAGCCAACGGAAUUGGUUUCUCAGGUUAACUACUUAGAAAACCAGUUAGUGGAGAUUAAAUAGUGUAUUAGUUUUCUUGGCUCAACUCAUUAAUUAAACAAUUACAAUUCUGAGUCUACUCCUAACUCUACUAAUUGUAUUUUUCCUAAACCAGUUAGAUAAAGUUUCUUUAACUUGCUCUUCUUUUGCUUGUUAAGACCUCCAUUUCCUUCAUGCUUCCUUUUCUGAAAGAUGUUGAAAUGAACUAAAACCUUAGAC